AUGGACGUUCAUCAGGUGAACUCGCGAGCGAUCCACGAUGACUUGUUGGAAGGGGACGACAACGCCACCUACGACGCGGCGCGGGGGACCGGCCAAGACCUGAACCAUGAUGCCGCACCCAGCGGGGCCGGCAGCAACGCUUACACGAACGGCAACGAAAAGAGCGAGCAUGGAGUCCAAGAAGCGCCGCAACAGCUUCAAGGUGAUAACGACCUGGAGAAGCGGGCGACGAGGGCUUCGACGACGGCCUCGUUUGAAGAGACGUAUCCGGAAGGCGGUGCCAAGGCGUGGAUCGUCGUCUUCGGCGCGUGGUUCGCCUUGAUAUCCUCGAUGGGCUUGAUGAACACGAUUGGCGUCUUCCAGGCCUACACGCUGAGCCACCAGCUCAAAGGCCACAGCGAGGGGACCGUCGGUUGGAUCUUUUCGAUUUACACUUUCCUCGCCUUCUUCUGCGGAGUGUACAUUGGACCCAUCUUCGACAAGUAUGGCCCGCGCUGGCUCAUCAUCGCCGGCUGUACGAGCACGACGGUCGGUGUUGUCUGCAUGAGCUUCUCAACUCAGCUAUGGCACUUUAUCCUCUCCUUCGGCGUCCUCGCCGGGUUCGGCACCUCCCUCCUCUUCACGCCGUGCAUCGCCGCCGUCGGCCACUGGUUCCGUCGCCGCCGCGGCUUCGCCACCGGCAUGGCGUCCACGGCGGGCGGAAUCGGCGGAAUCAUCUUCCCCCUGAUGCUCACUGCCCUGUUCGACAAGGUCGACUACGGCUGGGCGACGCGCAUCCUCGCCCUCAUCUGUCUCUGCUGCGGGCUCGUGGGCAUCGCGCUCGUGCGCUCCCGCCUGCCCCCUGCGCAGAAUGCGACGGCGCACCCCGACAUUCGCAUCUUCAAGCAGACCACGUUCACGCUCACGACCAUUGGCAUCUUCCUGCUCGAGUUCUCGCUCUUCAUCCCGCUCGGGUACAUCUCCACGUACGCCCUGCACAAGGGCUUCAGCCAGGACUUUUCCUUCCACCUGCUCCCCAUCAUGAACGCGGGCUCCGUCGUGGGGCGCGCCCUGCCGGGGUACUACGCCGACGUGGUCGGGCCCUUCAAUGUCUGCCUCUUCUCCGUGCUGCUGUCCCUGGUCGCCUGUCUCUGCGUCUGGCUGCCCCUCGGCCACACCGCCGCCGGCAUCAUCGUCUUCUCCAUCCUGUUCGGCUUCGCCAGCGGCACCUCCAUCGCCAUCGCGCCCGUCUGCAUCGGGCGCAUGUGCAAGACGCAGCAGUACGGGCGGUACUACGCCACCACGUACACGGUCGUGUCGUUUGCCUGCCUGAUUGGCAUCCCCAUCGGUGGGAGCCUCGUGCAGGCCAACGGGGGUUCCUACAAUGGCCUCAUCAUCCUCACCGGCGCCGUCUACAUCGGCUCGGCCGCCUUUCUCAUCCUGGCCAAGACGUGGGACCUGGGCUGGAAGAACUGGAUGGCCGCGUAUUGA